AUGGUCCGACACAAGAAAGACAAUUACUCCCGCGGAGGCAAGAAAUUUUCCUCGACACCCCGCCCACGCCCAGUGCCCCGCGGCGAUGGCGAGUCCUCCGACAGACUUCCUUUCAAAGCAGCCUGUUGGGAUCUGGGCCACUGCGAUCCGAAGCGAUGCUCGGGCAAGCGAUUAAUGCAUCUGGGAUUGAUGCGAGAGCUAGGUAUUGGACAAAAGUAUCCAGGUGUCGUCGUUUCUCCGAAUGCGAAGAAAAUCAUCUCCCCCGCGGACCGAGACAUACUAGAACAAUAUGGCGCCGCAGUAGUGGAAUGCUCGUGGGUAAGGCUGAAGGAAGUGCCUUUCUCUCGCAUAGGAGGAAAAUGUGAACGACUUCUACCCUAUCUCGUUGCAGCAAACACAGUCAACUACGGACGGCCAUGGCGGUUAAACUGUGUCGAAGCCCUGGCGGCCUGUUUCUGUAUUUGCGGCCACGAAGACUGGGCUAGAGAGGUUCUCAAACAUUUCAGUUACGGCGAGGCUUUCCUCGAUAUCAACUCGAAACUCCUUAAGCGAUAUGCCGCAUGCGCCACAGAAGAAGACGUUAAACGGACCGAGGAAGAAUGGCUGGCUAAGAUUGAGAAAGAAUACGAAGACAGUCGUGUCGAAGGUGCCGAUGAUAUGUGGACAGUGGGAAAUACGAACCGGAGGGCAGACGAUUCUGAUUCCGAUGAUGAUAAGGACAGUGAAGAUGGUGAAGAUGGUGACCAAGAUAAAGAAAAGAAUGAUGAAGAGGAAGAGCCGGAAGAAGAAAAAGACCCUUUCGCCAUCUCAGAUGACUCCGAAGAAGAAGAGCAGAUGGCCGAAAUCCGCCGCAAAAUUCUCAACUCCAAGUCUUUCCAGAAUCCUACUGUUCCCGACAAGCCACAACCUGAGAAGAUCACACGUCCAGAUACAGGGCCUGUUGAAGACUCCGACGCCGAGUCCGGGUCGGCGGAUGGGAGUGACGACGAAGCGUUUGACAAUAUCAUUGAUGCGACGCCGGUGACGGAUCGGACAGGUAUCAUUGCUGCUACCCGGAAAAAGGGGAACGACACCCUCAGUGCGUCAUUUUCUCGAACGGUGAUUAGUGCUCCUAAGAGGUGGUAG